UCCUGCUACACGCCUCACUGCACACACAGACGGAGGAGGCACGCACACACACAUGCAGGCAUGCGUGUAGGGUGAAGGCUACCCCGAGGAUAGCACAAGCUUUGAGAGAUACACAGGGGCGCCUGCACACCCACGCACAUACACACGUAUUUGUGCGCUCACACACACACACAUGCUCACAGAAAGGCACAUGUUGUGGAGUCAGUGGCAUACCAUCACAGACCGGACUGAGCGAUCAGCUGUGAACCACAGAGACUCUGAGACUGGGAAUAAACCCACUCACUCUAUGCGGGUAUGACAGCAAAGGCUUUGCAGGAUUCAACUCUCCCUUCUUGAUCUUUCUCUUCUUGGUUAUUCUAAUUAGCUUUUUCCUCCUUUAUAACACCUCCUAUUUCUUUAUCUUUUUUGGAUUGCUGUUGCUACUGUCAGCAGAAGAUUAUUUUCAUUUCCCUAUCGGAGGAUUAUAGAAGCAGCUCCUGUGUUUCUCCGUUUUGGUCCCCCAUCCCCCCCAAAAAAAACCCUGCCAGUAUUCGGGGAGGUUAGAGCUGAGAAGGGCGGCGGACAAAGAGGGGACUCUCUCUCUGCUUGAUGACUGUGUGCCCUGUGCCGCUGAGAGUUGGCACUGACACACACUGAUGCCUAGCCAGGUCUGAGCCAGGCACACACAGGCACAGACCAGACACAGCUGUGGAGAGGUAGACGUGCAGCCAUGGGACUCUCCACUAGACCUGUGGCGAGGCCCUCCAGGAGGACCACUCAGAGCAGCCCUGCACUGCCCUGCGUGCUCUACCUGCUGGUUGUGCAGCUACAGCCUUGCUCCAGCUGCCCACCUGUGUGUGUGUGCAGCUCUUCAGAGGUGGACUGCAGUGGGCGGGACCUGGCUGCACUCCCCAUCCUGUCCUCGCUGCCAUCCACCACACGCACCCUCCUCCUACUCAACAACCACCUCUCGUCACUGCCUGUCAUGGCCUUUGCCAACCUCAGUUCCCUAGAAAGGCUGGACUUGUCCAACAACUAUUUGGACAACCUGCCGGCCGGCCUGUUUGCUGAGCUGGCCACCCUGAGUGACCUCAGUUUGAGGAACAACAGUCUCACUGCUCUGGACCGUCACAUCCUGCAGGGUCUGGUGGGCCUGCGGCGGUUGGAUGUGUCUCUGAAUGGCUUGGCCGUUGUGCCGCUGGGCCUACUGGACAAGCAGCAGGGACUCACGUGGCUCUCCCUGGCUAGCAACAGGCUGCAGGCACUGGAAAGGGCAGCCUUUGAGCCACUGAUGAACCUACAGCAUCUGGAGCUAGGCUCCAAUCCAUGGGAGUGUGACUGCAACUUACGCGACUUCAAGCACUGGAUGGAGUGGCUAAUCUACCGAGAAAGCUACACAGAUGGUGAGAGCACUACAUGGGGAUAUGUCGAUGCUGUGGAGUGCACCCUCCCCAAAGACCUCAGGGGGCGGGACAUUCGGACCGUUCCAGUGGAGAUGUUCAACUACUGCCUCCAACUAGAGGAUGAAAAUGGGGUUGGGGCUGGAGUGAUGAGCGGCGGCUCUCCACCAUGUGCAAGGGCGACCGCUGCUCCUUCACCUGAAAGCACUGUGGUCCAAACUGAGACCGAGCCACCAGACUGCGUUAAGCAGCGCUACCGGCCUGUGAGCGUACGGCGGGCCAUUGGCACGGUGGUGAUUGCCGGUGUGGUGUGUGGGAUCGUGUGCAUCAUGAUGGUGGCAGCAGCUGCGUACGGCUGCAUUUACGCUUCCCUGAUGGCCAAGUAUCAACGCGAGCUGAAAAAGAGGCAGCCCCUGAUGGGGGAUGGUGAGGCAGAAGCUGACCCCGAAGAAAAACAGAUCUCAUCAGUUGCGUAGAAGUCCAAGUCAGGGUCAGUGUUCAGACACCCCCAUUUAACCAAUUUGUAUACUUUGAAUCCAAACACACAGAUGACAGCUUGCAUCUCUCCUACCUUUUUUGUCCCUUUCCACUCCACAAAAGACAAACUACAGGUAUUUUUUCACAUUAACACUUGGAGCAACAGGAUUCAGUUUCACAUGAUGUACCCGCUUUUAAUGCCUGUUAAAAGACUUUUGAUUAUAGUUCCCCAGGACUAGAGGCCCAAUUAGCACUUUAAAACUCAACCCCUCCACCUUGCUCCUGGUCUUGGACAGAAGAAUUUCAGAGAUGAAAAAUGAACACAUGCUGUCAAGCAUUGUUCAGCACUGUACUCUUUAGUUGCUAACAUUAGCCUCUGCACUAGCAGCUAGUUCUACUGGAGACUCUAUUUCACUGUCAAUGACAAAUCAUGUUAUGAAUAUCUCCAUGUUAUUAAAUAAUAUAUAUUAUAUACUAUGUAUGGUGAACCCACUUUUCCUGGUCUAUCUGUGUAUUCCUGUUUCCAUACCUAGUACUGAAUUGUCUUUAGCACACUGUUAUGUUCUGUGAGUUUGUUUUUAUGAUAUUUAUAUGGUACUGCUGCUCUGCCAUGUUCAUAUACAGGAGAAAACCUUUAUUUCUAGGAAACCCAACUAGUAAAGUCAGUUUUGUUAAAUAACGCUUAGGGUGUGAGUUCAGUCCAGUUGUUUAUAUUAAAAGAGUGUUGGCAAAUUUAAAAGAACCUCAGGAACUGAUAAAAUUAGAACAAGUGAGAUUAUACUAAUUGAUUUGAGACCCUAGGGCUACAGCUGGGUGUAGGGUGCAACAAAGAGUGGCUGCUGUUCCACUCUACAAAUACAACCAAGUAAGAGCAGCAACAAUAAACAUUCUGACCCUUUUAAGACAUACAUUAUCUACCAAUGUGCUUGUUUGUUUCAAUAUGGAUUGGAAUAUCUACUAGCAGCCAGAACAGAAUGAAAUAAAAUGAGCCUGAUAUGUUGUUUGUCAUAUGAAAAUGGAAUAAACUAAAUUAAGUUGCAAGUUUAUUCCAUAACUACAACUAUAUUAAGUUGAAAGCAUAUUCCAUAACCUAAGUGCUGGUAGAAUAUGCUCAAAUAUAUUUUCAAUAUGUGACAUAUUUCUAUGCUUUUGAAACAUAUGAGGUAGGUUGUAAUGUGAAAAUGGGAGGAUGGCUGCUACUGUGUGCUGAGUUUUGUACUGUUGGACUAGUUUAUAUAACCAUGUUUAGCCUAAUUGUAUGAUUUCUGACUUACACAUAGGUCCAAGCUUUACUAAGAUAUCAGUAACUAUUAAAAGCUUACAGGAAAAUACAGCAUUACAAUUUUUACUGAGAAGACCCUAGGUUCCACAGUUUAUUGGGAUUAUAUUAGGAGCUAGACACAGAUUUCACAAAAGAAGUAAUUCCUCUAAAACAGUUAAUUGUGGGUAAUGUUUCCACAUGUUAGCAGCCACAUGAGAAAGCAACUAAGUGAAGCUAUUGGUGGGGUGUCUUAAUCUUUCCCUACCUAAUUAACUACAUCAACUACAGUUCAUAUUUUCUGACAACAUGUAGCAAAACAUAGGUCCAGUAGGUGUAAACUAACUAUCAGUUUACAUUUCCAAAUGACUGAAGGGUUAGUGUUUCUCUGCACUUGAUUACUGUAUGCAGAUGUACAACACUAUAUGCAUGAUUCCAGCACGUGAUACUACUGUAUUUACAAAUUCAGUGAAAGGCACACAUAUCAAACUACUCAAAUGGUGUAGUACAUGACUGUCAGUACGUAACAAAACUCUAAUCCAAAUGAACCAAAGGUGUGUAUUAUUUUAAAGCUAGGGCAAUGUGAUGGUAGUGCUGUAGUGAAUUGCAAAAUCUCUAUGGCUGAACAAUUUGGAUAGAAUUAAAUGGACAUUUCAGUCAAAUGAUGUCAUGCUCAUUGUCAACACUUUCAAUGAUGUAGUUGUAUCACCAUCAUUUAGCUGAACUAUUUGUUUAAGCAUAUCUUUCAGCUCUGGUAGACUGCCUUUCUUGCUUGCACCAUAUCACACUCUGCUGUUUUCUACUGAGAUUUCAUCUUACACAGAAGAUGACUACUUUAUAGUUGCUUUGUUACUUAUAUGUGUAAACAUAAGGCAAGAGCAUGUAACUAUAAAUUUAAAACAGAAAAGAAUAAAACUACAAAAACAAGCAUAUCAUGUAACUGUGGAAUAGGGUGCAAUCGUGUCAUCUAGAGGAAAAAUUUCCCAAAGUGAAAAAAGUGCAAUACUAAAUUGUGAAUUGAACAAUACUAAAUUGUGAAUUGAACAAGAUUUACAGUUGUGUAUUAAACUACAGUAAAGUUUAAUUCACAGCUAGCAUUAGACAGUUCUCACUUUAAUUAUAACUCAUUUAUGUUCACGUGUCAUUGUGCAAAAUGAUGGCUAAUUUGUCUAUCAUCAUUAAUACCUACAGUACAAAGUCUUUGAUGUAUCUAAUUGUUAAAAGUCAUAAUUUGAGCAAACAAUGUCCUCCAAAAUAUUAGGACAGAGUAGUCACAACACAUUUUUGUUGGAAGGUCAAGCAAUUUCGUUUGCAGAUGAAAACAUGAAGGCAAAAGCACUGAACUUCAUCUAUCAUUUCUCUGGGGAUAUUGCAAUAACUAUGAUCACCAAAUGCUCCAUACUCUCUGUGUCCUUUUUUUAAGUACAGAAUGCAUAAAAGGAAAAACCUGAACUAGCCAAGACAGCCAUCCAGGCUCAAACCAUUCAAGCACUUAUUUAACUUCUUCAAAGGGAUUCUUAUUUAAGAAAUGCUUCACUGCAAGAAAUGACUGCAGGAAAAGCAAAUAACUCAAAUAACCUUUUUUUGCUUUUAGGCUUCAGUUAUUACUUUAAAAUAUUUAUUUCCAACAGUGACAAAAAGGCAAAUAUUACAAAAUGUCUUCAGAAAUCCUCCAAAAUAAAACAUCAUGUAUUUUGCUAUAUAUAAUGAUUUAUAUCUCUAAUCCUAACUGCUUGACUACUGCAAAAAUAAAAAUUAUAUACUCCAAUAAAUUAGGAAGACACUGUAUAUAAGGUACACAUAAAUACAUAUAUAUUUUGUUAUUUCAAAAUUAAAAAUGUAAAAGUCUUGCCAGAAUCUGACUACAAAAAAAAUAAAAGAACGAAUGGGUGUUUUACCUUACCAUGAAUAAAAGCACAGAAAUAGAGUCAAAUGGCUGUUAUACUAUUAAAAUGAUCCACAUUAAGAAGCAAAAAGACCACAAACCUGACACUAAGAGUCAUACACCAAGUUCAUAUAGCUUGCCAUUUCAGUUUCAUGUCUGAUGGCAUUUCUAGUCUAUUUCAUACCCUGAUUCAAGCAGCUAAUAAAAACAAGACAAAUGCACAAUAAUAAUUAAUUUUGAACAACCUUAUGAACAUCCUAAAAUGGGCACUAUUUAAAGAAGCAUUGUGCUUUGUUAUAUCAUUUGUUUAACCAUUCUUUUUUAUUUAUUAGUAAGUUCAGCCUUGUGUAUUGGUCAAAUUCCAUUCAGUACAGAAGCUGCAGUUUAUUUGAGACAAAACUGGUCAAUCUGAAUAGCAGAAUGUAACUGCUGUCUUGUUUACUGUCUGCAUGCCUCUGAGCCCCAGCAACACAUGUGAAUACAGGGCUAGAUUACAAAUGAUAUCCAUUUCCUCAAAACUAAGAGGUACUAGCUCCUCUGUGACAUAUGGAGUGAGAGACAUUGCCCCUUGAAGUGGGCCUAAUGCAUCUCCUUAAACUUUUUUUGAGUUAUGAUUUAUUUGUCUCUAUUUACCUCUAUAUUACCUCUGUAUAUCUCUGUACCUCUUUAUCUAUUUU